UACGAGCGGGCGAUCGAGACGCAUGUGCAGCAUGCGUUGAGGCAUGGCUACCCGCUGUACAUGGCGAGAGAGCAAGCGGCGGAUGGGAUGUUCAACAAGGUCGCGUACAUUAUGAACAUUUUGCUGAACGAGCUGUACAAACCAGCUGAGGAGCGAGUGGAAUGGUUGUUUUACUUCGACGUGGACUCAGUCGUCAUGAACCGCGAGAUACCCCUCGAGAUUUUCGAUACCCCCUCCGACUUCCACCACAUCAACUGGAUGGCCGGAAAAGACUGGAACGGUCUAAACGCCGGCGUCUUCCUCCUGCGCGUGUGUCCCUGGUCCCUCGAGCUGCUGACCCGCGUCAUGACCCACAGGCACUACCACCCGACAGAGGACUACACCUUCGAGGAGCAGUCCAUCCUGGCACGCCUCACCGAAACCGACGACAAGUUCAAAGAACACAGUAUCUACGUCCCCAAGUCCUGGAUCAACGCCUACUUCUACAGCCUACACGAAGUCAAGCCGGGGUUACUCCUCUCGCACUUCCCGCAUCCGGACUACAAGUGGCACAUCUACGAGUGGCUCAAGGUCAUCGAGACCGACGCAGAGGACAACGCCAAGCCGAUCUACAACAAGCCCGUGCACGAGACGGAUUAUCCCAAGGAAAUCAAGAAGUUCUGG